UGGGCCUCGGAGGGCGGGGUCGCCGUCGCCCUGGGCGCGCCCCGCAAGCCGGACUCAGUCCUGCGCAGCACUCGCCGGCGCUCCAGCCGCGGCUGUUGGUCUCUAGUGGCCGGGUUCCGCUGGCCUGGGCUGGGCUAGCUUGGUACCAGAGGCUGGUGGCAGGUGUCUGCUGGGCAACAGGAUUCCAGCGAAAGUGCAAGACGCAGUAUCCGAGAGGCCGAGAACAAGGACCGGUUCCCCGCUCCCGCGCGCCCCGCCCUGGAGCCGGAUCCUGCAGGUGCCGGGGUGGGCAUGAUCGGCGGGCAAGGUCGCAGGCCUCUUAUGUAAGGAGCUGAAAAGGAGAUAAAAUAUACAGGAUGAAAAGAUGGCAACAUUGCCUCCCCCAGGACCUCAGAGCUUUGUCCGCUUCACAAAACAAUCUCUUGCCCACAUUGAGCAGCGUAUUGCUGAAAGAAAAGCACAGGAACCCAAAGAAGAAAAGAAAGAUGAUGAUGAAGAAGGCCCAAAGCCCAGCAGGGACUUGGAAGCUGGCAAACAGUUGCCCUUCAUCUACGGAGACAUUCCUCCAGGCAUGGUGUCAGAGGCCCUGGAGGACCUGGACCCCUACUAUGCAGACAAAAAAACUUUUAUAGUAUUGAACAAAGGGAAAGCAAUCUUCCGUUUCAAUGCCACACCUGCUUUGUACAUAUUAUCUCCUUUCAGUCCUCUAAGAAGAAUAUCUAUUAAGAUUUUAGUACAUUCCUUGUUCAGCAUGCUUAUCAUGUGCACAAUUCUGACAAACUGCAUAUUUAUGACCAUGAGUAGCCCUCCGGAAUGGACCAAAAAUGUAGAGUACACUUUUACUGGAAUAUACACUUUUGAAUCACUUAUAAAAAUCCUUGCAAGAGGCUUCUGUGUAGGAGAAUUCACUUUCCUUCGGGAUCCAUGGAACUGGCUGGAUUUUGUCGUGAUUGUUUUUGCGUAUUUAACAGAAUUUGUAAACCUAGGCAAUGUUUCAGCUCUUCGAACUUUCAGAGUAUUGAGAGCUUUGAAAACUAUUUCUGUAAUUCCAGGCCUGAAGACCAUUGUGGGGGCGCUCAUCCAGUCAGUGAAGAAACUGUCUGAUGUCAUGAUCCUGACUGUGUUCUGUCUGAGUGUGUUUGCACUAAUAGGGCUGCAGCUGUUCAUGGGCAACCUCAGGCACAAAUGUGUGCAGCUUGAAUUUGCAGAAAAUGAAACAGCUAUCAGCGCGCUGGAUAACUUUGAGAAUAAAGAAGACUUGAAAAAAUAUGUUUAUUACUUGGAGGGAUCCAAAGAUGCUCUCCUUUGUGGUUUCAGCACAGAUUCAGGCCAGUGUCCAGAAGGGUACAAAUGUGUGAAGCUUGGCCGAAACCCAGAUUAUGGCUACACCAGCUUUGACACUUUCAGCUGGGCCUUUUUAGCCUUGUUCAGGCUCAUGACACAAGAUUACUGGGAAAACCUUUACCAACAGACACUGCGAGCUGCUGGCAAAACCUACAUGAUCUUCUUUGUAGUGGUGAUUUUCCUGGGUUCCUUUUAUCUAAUAAACUUGAUUCUGGCUGUGGUUGCCAUGGCCUAUGAAGAACAGAACCAGGCAAACAUUGAAGAAGCUAAACAGAAGGAGUUAGAAUUUCAACAGAUGUUAGAUCAACUCAAAAGAGAGCAAGAAGAAGCUGAGGCAAUAGCAGUGGCAGCAGCUGAAUAUACAAGUAUUGGACGAAGCCAAAUUAUGGGCCUCUCAGAAAGCUCUUCGGAAACAUCCAAACUGAGCUCAAAAAGUGCUAAAGAAAGAAGAAACAGAAGAAAGAAAAAGAAUCAAAAGAAACUUUCCAGUGGAGAGGAAAAGAGAGAUGAUGAAAAAUUGUCCAAGUCAGAAUCAGAUGGGAGCGUCCGAAGGAAAAGCUUCUUCCUCGGUGUUGAAGGGCCUAGACAGGCUCGCGAGAAGAGACUCUCCACCCCUAAUCAGUCACCACUCAGCAUCCGUGGCUCCUUGUUCUCUCCAAGGCGAAGCAGCAGGACAAGUCUUUUCAGUUUCAAGGGUCGAGGAAAAGACAUAGGAUCUGAGACUGAAUUUGCUGAUGAUGAACACAGCAUUUUUGGAGACAAUGAGAGCAGACGGGGCUCACUCUUCCUGCCCCCGAGGUUCCGGGAGCGGCGCAGCAGUAACAUCAGCCAAGCCAGUAGGUCCCCCCCAAUGCUGCCAGUGAACGGGAAGAUGCACAGUGCCGUGGACUGCAAUGGUGUGGUUUCCCUGGUUGAUGGACCCUCAGCCCUCAUGCUUCCCAAUGGACAGCUUCUGCCAGAGGUGAUAAUAGAUAAGGCAACUUCUGAUGACAGCGGUACAACCAUUCAAAUACGCAAAAAAAGAUGUUCCAGUUCUUAUUUUCUUUCAGAAGAUAUGCUGAAUGAUCCCCAUGUCCGACAAAGAGCAAUGAGUAGAGCAAGCAUCCUCACAAACACUGUAGAAGAACUUGAAGAGUCCAGACAAAAAUGUCCACCUUGGUGGUACAGAUUUGCACACACAUUUUUGAUUUGGAAUUGCUCUCCGUAUUGGAUAAAAUUCAAAAAGUUUAUCUAUUUUAUUGUAAUGGAUCCUUUUGUAGAUCUUGCAAUUACCAUUUGCAUAGUUUUAAAUACGUUAUUUAUGGCUAUGGAACACCAUCCAAUGACUCUAGAAUUCAAAAAUGUACUCAGUGUGGGAAAUUUGGUCUUUACUGGAAUCUUUGCAGCUGAAAUGGUUUUGAAAUUAAUUGCCAUGGAUCCAUAUGAGUAUUUCCAAGUAGGCUGGAAUAUUUUUGACAGCCUUAUUGUGACUUUAAGUUUGGUAGAACUUUUUCUAUCACACGUGGAAGGGUUAUCAGUUCUGAGAUCAUUCAGACUGCUCCGUGUGUUCAAGUUGGCAAAAUCCUGGCCAACACUGAACAUGCUGAUAAAGAUCAUUGGCAAUUCCAUGGGGGCUCUGGGUAACCUCACCUUGGUGUUGGCCAUCAUCGUCUUCAUCUUUGCUGUGGUCGGCAUGCAGCUCUUUGGCAAGAGCUACAAAGAAUGUGUCUGCAAGAUCAACGAAGACUGUACACUCCCACGCUGGCACAUGAAUGACUUCUUCCACUCCUUCCUGAUCGUGUUCCGCGUGCUGUGUGGAGAGUGGAUAGAGACCAUGUGGGACUGCAUGGAGGUCGCUGGUCAGGCCAUGUGCCUUAUUGUUUACAUGAUGGUCAUGGUCAUUGGAAACCUUGUGGUCCUCAACCUGUUUCUUGCUUUAUUAUUGAGUUCAUUUAGUUCUGACAAUCUCACAGCCAUUGAAGAUGAUCCCGAUGCAAACAACCUCCAGAUUGCUGUGGCCAGAAUUAAAAAGGGAAUAGAUUAUGUGAAACAGACUGCGCGUGAGUUUAUUCUAAAAGCAUUUUCAAAAAAGCCAAAAGUUCCCCAGGUAGUAAGACAAGUGGAAGAUCUAAACAGCAAAAAGGAAAACUGUAUCUCUAACCAUACACUUGCUGAAAUGAGCAAAGAUAGCCAUUUCCAUAAGGAAAAUGAGAAAAGCAGUGGCUUUGAAAGCAGCGUGGACAGAAACUUGGUGGAAGAAAGUGAUUAUCAAUCAUUUAUUCAUAAUCCCAGCCUCACAGUGAUAGUGCCAAUUGCACCUGGGGAAUCUGAUUUGGAAAAUAUGAAUACUGAGGAACUUAGUAGUGAUUCUGACAGUGACUAUAGCAAAGAGAGAUUGAACCGAUCAAGUUCCUCUGAGUGCAGCACAGUUGAUAACCCUGUGCCAGGAGAAGGAGAAGAAGCAGAGUCUGAACCUGUGAAUUCAGAUGAGCCAGAAGCCUGCUUUACAGAUGGUUGUGUUCGGAGAUUCCCAUGCUGCCAGGUUAGCAUAGAGUCAGGGAAAGGAAAAAUCUGGUGGAACAUCAGGAAAACCUGCUACAGGAUAGUUGAACACAGUUGGUUUGAAAGCUUCAUUGUUCUCAUGAUCCUGCUGAGCAGUGGAGCCUUGGCUUUUGAAGAUAUAUAUAUUGAAAAAAAAAAGACCAUUAAGAUUAUCCUGGAGUAUGCUGACAAGAUAUUUACCUACAUCUUCAUCCUGGAAAUGCUUUUAAAAUGGGUGGCAUAUGGGUAUAAAACGUAUUUCACCAAUGCAUGGUGUUGGCUGGAUUUCUUAAUUGUUGAUGUUUCUGUGGUUACUUUAGUUGCUAGCACUCUUGGCUAUUCAGACCUUGGGCCCAUUAAAUCUCUUCGAACACUUAGAGCAUUAAGGCCUCUAAGAGCCUUAUCUAGAUUUGAAGGAAUGAGGGUGGUUGUGAAUGCACUCAUCGGAGCAAUUCCUUCAAUCAUGAAUGUGCUCCUUGUAUGUCUCAUAUUCUGGCUAAUAUUUAGCAUCAUGGGAGUAAAUUUGUUUGCUGGCAAGUUCUAUGAGUGUGUUAAUACCACAGAUGGGUUACGGUUUCUAGACAGUCAAGUCCACAAUCGCUCCGAGUGCUUUGCCCUUAUGAAUGUCACUUCAGAUGUGCGAUGGAAAAACCUGAAAGUGAACUUUGAUAAUGUUGGACUUGGUUAUCUGUCUUUGCUUCAAGUUGCAACAUUUAAGGGAUGGAUGGAUAUUAUGUAUGCAGCAGUUGAUUCUGUUAAUGAAGACCAGCAGCCGAGAUAUGAAUACAACCUUUACAUGUAUAUUUAUUUUGUCAUCUUUAUCAUCUUUGGGUCAUUCUUCACUCUGAAUUUGUUCAUUGGUGUCAUCAUAGAUAAUUUCAACCAACAAAAAAAGAAGCUUGGAGGUCAAGACAUCUUCAUGACAGAAGAACAGAAGAAAUACUAUAAUGCAAUGAAAAAGCUGGGGUCCAAGAAACCACAAAAGCCGAUUCCCCGGCCAGGGAACAAGUUCCAAGGAUGCAUAUUUGACCUAGUAACAAACCAAGCUUUUGACAUCACUAUCAUGGUUCUUAUCUGCCUCAAUAUGGUAACCAUGAUGGUAGAAAAAGAAGGACAAAGUGAUGAAAUGAUUAAUGUUUUGUACUGGAUAAAUGUUGUUUUUAUUAUCCUUUUCACUGGAGAAUGUGUGCUGAAACUAAUCUCCCUCAGACAUUACUACUUCACAGUGGGAUGGAACAUUUUUGAUUUUGUGGUUGUGAUUCUCUCCAUUGUAGGUAUGUUUCUUGCGGAGCUGAUAGAGAAGUAUUUUGUGUCCCCUACCCUGUUCCGAGUGAUACGUCUGGCCAGGAUUGGCAGAAUCCUUCGUCUGAUCAAAGGAGCAAAGGGGAUCCGCACGCUGCUCUUUGCUUUGAUGAUGUCUCUUCCUGCUCUGUUUAACAUCGGCCUCCUGCUCUUCCUGGUCAUGUUCAUCUACGCCAUCUUUGGAAUGUCCAACUUUGCCUAUGUUAAAAAGGAAGCUGGAAUUGAUGACAUGUUCAACUUUGAGACCUUUGGCAACAGCAUGAUCUGCCUGUUCCAAAUUACCACCUCUGCGGGCUGGGAUGGACUGCUCGCUCCCAUUCUUAAUAGUGGACCUCCAGACUGUGACCCUGAAAAAGAGCACCCUGGGAGCUCCGUGAAGGGUGACUGUGGGAACCCAUCUGUUGGGAUUUUCUAUUUUGUCAGUUACAUCAUCAUUUCCUUUCUGGUGGUGGUGAACAUGUACAUCGCUGUCAUCCUGGAGAACUUCAGCGUUGCCACUGAAGAAAGUACUGAACCCCUGAGUGAGGAUGACUUUGAGAUGUUCUAUGAGGUGUGGGAGAAGUUCGAUCCUGAUGCAACUCAGUUCAUAGAAUACAGCAAGCUCUCCGAUUUUGCAGCUGCUCUGGAUCCCCCUCUUCUCAUAGCAAAACCAAACAAAGUCCAGCUCAUUGCCAUGGACCUGCCCAUGGUCAGUGGAGACCGGAUCCACUGCCUGGACAUCUUAUUUGCCUUUACAAAGCGGGUUUUGGGUGAGAGUGGAGAGAUGGAUUCUCUUCGUUCACAAAUGGAAGAAAGGUUCAUGUCUGCAAAUCCUUCUAAAGUAUCCUAUGAACCUAUCACAACUACACUAAAAAGAAAGCAAGAGGAUGUGUCUGCUACUGUCAUACAGCGUGCUUACAGACAUUACCGCUUACGGAAAAAUGUCAAAAAUAUAUCAAGUAUAUACAUGAAAGACGGAGACAGAGAUGAUGACUUGCCCAACAAAGAAGAGAUAGUUUUUGAUAAUGUUAAUGGGAACUCCAGUCCAGAAAAAACAGAUGCAACUGCAUCUACCAUCUCUCCACCUUCAUAUGAUAGUGUAACCAAGCCAGAGCAAGAGAAAUACGAAACAGACAAAACAGAAAAAGAAGACAAAGGGAAAGAUGGCAAGGACAGCAAAAAAUAGAGCUUCAUUUUUUAUAUAUUGUUUACAGCCUGUGAAGGUGAUUUAUUUGUGUUAAUAAGACUCUUUUAAGGAGGUCUAUGCCAAACUCUUUUUAUCGAAAUAGUUUCAAAGGCAGUGCAGUCAGUAGUUACGAUUCUCUAUGACAAGAGAGCAGCACUAGCAGAUGGCUAUUUUUGCAUUGGUAAAUGAUUCUGAAAGAAUUAUGAGUAACUCUGUAGGGAUUAUUGAUUGCAGCAAGGAAAGGUUAUUUAAUUUUUUUUAACAAAUCAGAAGGCCAUGUAGAAAAUGUUCACAUCUGCCUUGUUAUCUCUUCACUAGAUUGUAAUUACCCAUGUUUCCUAUGUAAAUAUAAGAACUCCCACAAACACACAGAGGAAAAUAUCUGUUAUUUAGAAAUCAUUAAAAGUAUUUUGCCUUGGCUUUGCAAUGAAUUUCCUGAUAAAAGUAAUGGACAUUAGUAAUGUUAAAUAGUAAAGUUAAAACAUCUUGUUAUUAGUGAACUACAAUCACUUAUCCAUGUACAAAGGUCAUUCUAUAUUUUGAGGUGCUUAAAUUCAUUCCAUCAUUUUAUCAGAACCAAUUUAUAUGUGCCUAUAAAAUGUCAUGGGAUUAAAAACACAUGUAGGCUAUUAAUUUCAACAAACAAAUGUUUUUCAUUUAGCUGGACUCUCAUUCAUUUUUGAAUCACAUACAUAUGGUGUGUCAAAGCCUGUGCUUUAUUUUGUUUUGUUUUGUUUUGUUUUGUUUUGUUUUGUUUGAAAUGGGGUCUCACUAUUGCUCAGGCUGCUUUUGAACCCUUGGGAUCAAAUAACCCUCCCACCUCAGCCUCCUGAAUAGCUGGGACUACAGGUGCACGCCACUGCUCCUAGCUAGCCUGUCUUUUAUAUAUCCUACUUUGUCCCUACAAUAACCACAGAACUUUAAAAAUUAUUCUAACUAUAUAUCACAUUCCUCAAAAGAAGAAACUGAAAAUAACUAUUAAAGCAAUUAACAAAACCUCUAACUCUUAUUUAUACAAUCUAACACUGGACUACUCUGCCCAACAAUACUUACAAUGGCCAACUCUUUUGUCAUUUUUAUCUUCUUCCUUAUGAAAUUUGUUUAGUUGUCACUUAUCUCUAAGUAAAUUUGAUAUUUCCCUUCAAUUAAACAGUUCCUGAUAUGAAAUUAGCUAUUUGAUACGACAGUAUAUGUUUGAGGAGAUAAUGGCUUUGGCACAGUAUUUACUACAUCACUUAUAUACUAUCCUAAAUGUGUUUGUCAAGCUUUCAUGUUAUAAUAUAUGACAGGCUUUAACACCUGCUUGCCAGGUGUUUAGGAUGAAUGAAUAGCAUUCAAAUAGUAAUCCUAAUGAAAUUUCUCUCUUGCUACUAACCCACUCUCUUAAACUGUAGAAGUAAUAAUUUUCGACUUCUAUUAUUUUAUCUGCAAAAUAAAGAGGAUGUCACUUUUCCCUUAAUAUUCUAUGACAUGAAGUUUAUUUUUACCAAUAAAUAAAUUAGUCUGAGUUAUAAUUUAAAAGCACAUACCCAUUUUGUUCUAGCUAGAAUCACACUACCAAGGAUUGCAGAUCUAGUUUUUUAAAAGCCUUUCAGCUGGUGCAGUGGCACACACCUAAAAUUCUAGCUCAUCAGGAGGCUAAGGCCAGAGGAUCACAAAUUCAUGGCCAACUUGGGCAACUUAGAAAGAACCUGUCUCAAAAUCAAAAGGGCUAAGGAUGUACCUCAGUAAUAGCAAACUCUUGGGUUCAAUCACUAGUGCCAGAGGGGAGAAAAAUUCCUUGUUAAUGGAAACUUAAAAUAAAUGGUAAUGAUGCAUUUUCUCAUGAGUUUAUUCCAGGAACAUGAAAUCUUUUCUCUAUCAAUUUAUCCAUGCAUAGGCAAAAAUUGAGUUUCCUAAGUAGACAGUGAGCUUAUUUAGAAGUUUUGAGGGAAUUUUUGAAGCAAAUAUAUAGAACAUACUUCAUCAAUUUUCUUUUUAAAUUUAAAAUAUAAUAAAUUAUAUUUAUAUAAGUAAUUAAGCACAUAUUUUUUGUUUUUCUGUCCAGUUGAAAAGAUUUAUACUUGCCUAGAAAGGUGAAGACAUGUGGCUAAAGAAUGAAAGAUGAAGAAAGGGAAAAACUUAAGAAAUACAGCCAUAAGAAAAAAAGUAAAAAAAAAAAAAAAGAUAUUUUCACAGAACUUUAUGUCUAGAAUGUUUUUAAAUUUUGAUGUAUUUUACAACAUCCAUACAGAGAUUAUCACUUCUAGACAUUUGUCUUGAGGUAACGAGGAAAUUAAAUCUAGGGCCAAAGAGUCUUUACUUAAUCAUACUUCUUUACAUCUAUACUUAACCAUUCACCUUAGAUUAGUUGAAUCACUUUUUAAUUUAAUAUGAAAGAUACCAUGCAGUGUUUAAUUAGAUUAUACAAUGCAUUGCAUAACAUACCUGAUAGCUCUGUUGAAAAUAGUCUUGGACAAUUUAAUUAUGGAACCAUAUAAAAUAUAUUACUUAUGUAAGAUUUUUAAUACAUUUAAUUAAGAAAUGAUUAUCACCUUAAAUUUGAAUUCAGUCCAUCAUUAUUGUAAACCCAUAUAAAUAUAACUGCAUUGUGAAUUUUUAUAUGAUGCAGUAUGAAAAGAUGUUUGGUAGGCAGGUUGGUCUGUGAUUUAUUAUUAAUGUUUUUACAUUGCCUUUUAUGUAAAAUAAAAAAUAUUGGCAACUAGUUCCUCAACAUGAUUUUUUCUUAGGAGUUAAAACAAUGAAUUGCAAAGUUGCUCUUUUUCCUAUCUCCUAUGGAACCUAUUUCUUGCUGACCUAUAAUUUUAUAAAAUUAUAAUAUGUUUAGCUUUUAUAGCUAUAUUUUUGUCCCAGAAAUGACUGCUUCUUAUGUUUUAUCAAUUAAAAACAAUGUUUGGCACUAAGAGCUCAUUAAGUGAAGCUUGAAGUAAAAUUACACUUCUCUUCUCAUGUGGGUUACUAUUUAUACUGACUAUAAAAUACCAUCCAUCUGAAGAAACUAUCAUAGCAAUAUAUAAAUUCUGUCACCUAAUGAUUUAGAAUGGCAGUUACUCUGUACAAUUUAAAUUAGAAUAAAGUGGAAACGAACAGAUUUGAACACAAACUCAUACACAAAUUUGGAUGGAAAUGGAGGAAUCUCAUUUUACCUUUCUUUGUAUGUUAUCUACUUUGCAAAAUGUUUAAGUGACUUGUGGGCUGUUUCUAAACACUCGUUGAAAAUUACCACCCAAAAUAUUUAGCACGAUUUUAUAGAAUUUUGAUAGGUUUAUUAAAAAGACUAAAAGCAAAAUAUAUGUGUAAAUAAGCAGUCCGUAAUAGCAAUUUCAGAGAAAUGUUAAUGGAAGUAAUGAAAAAAGGGCCAGCUCAAAUAGGAUAGCCCAGUAAUUGGCCAGCUUUACAAUCUAUGUGUAGAGGCCAACAAUUUUUAAAAUAUUUGUGGUCAUUAUGUUAUUAUAUUCUUGAGGAAAACAAUCAAGAUUUGCUUAAUGAAAAUAAGUGAAUAACCGUGAAUAUCAUAGUGCUGUGUGCAUAGAUUUCUUUUCAAGUUUCAUAGAUCUAUGAAUGCUCAAAAUGAGUUUGUCAGAAAUUAUGUUGUAGGUGUACUUGAGACUUACACAUUGUA